AUCUCAGUGUUUACUCAAAUGGCAGUGAACAUUUCGUGACUUGACAGUUCAGGCCCCAAAACAAAAGUACUGUAUCUUAGAUUAAAAGAAAAUACCAGUAUUAUCAGAAAUAAAGAGAAACAGAAAUCCACAUCGAAAGGACACUGGUUCUCAAGGUGAAUUAAUUUGUGGAGGACUGUCAAGGAGAGGACUUACGCACCGCUGUAGAAAAAUCAGUCCCCAGUAAACGAAGCUACUGUACUUUGACAGAGCACCAUCAAAUAUCACAAGAGACUCUGAAUCAAGCCGAAUGAAGAAAGCGACUGCAAAGCAUCUAAUCGAGCGCUACUUUCGCCAGUUAACCGAGGGCUGUGGAAAUGGGGACUGCACGAAUACAUUCUGUGCGUCGUGUCUUGAUUUUCAACCCGUGGAUAGCAACACAGCCGCUGUCAGGGCACUGGAGCUAUGUAAGAUUAACGCCAAACUCUGUGAUCGCCACCCCUCUGACAAAGAGAACGACGGGGCCCAUCCGGACGACGGAGCCAACGGGAUCCACCCGGCUUUAACCAGAAGCGACAGCGAGAUGAGCGCCAGAGAAGACUACAAAGAGGUGCAUUACCUGACCGAACACACGGUGUACAACAUCAUGGACGCCUGCGAGGCGACGGGCGACUUCUCUCCCAUGAUCCGGGUGAUUGGCAGGAUCUUCUCCAACGCGGACGCCCUGGUGCACAGCUUCCGGAAGGGCCGGGUCUUCGGCAAGGACCGACGAGGAUCCCGCCUCUCCGCGGACGAGGCAACGCAAGCCGGCGAGGAUGAGAAGAGGUUGACGGCGGCGGAGGAGGGGGGGUCAGGGGCCUUUGCGGCGGCAGAGGCGGAGCCCUCCAGGGAGGACAGCGUCCCUUCGAGGUUCGGCCCCUUCGACGUGUCCGUGGACAUCGACGCGGUGAGGAGGGUCUACGACAAGCUGCUGUCCAACGAGCUGACCGAGGCGGCCUUUCUCAACGCGCUGGUGUACCUGACUCCCAAUCUGGAGCUGGACCUGACCUAUCUGGACGUGUACGACACCGACCCCAACUAUCUGAACAUCUUCAUCAUCGUGAUGGAGAACCGGAACCUCCACAGCCCCGAGUACUUGGAGGUGGCCAUGCCGGUGUUCUGCAAGGCCAUGAGCAAGCUCCCCCUGCCUGGGCUCGCCCGGCUGACGCGCCUGUGGUCCCGGUAUACCGGUGCGCAGAUCCGCCGCAUGAUGGAGACUUUCCAGCAGCUCAUCACCUUCACCGUCAUCAGCAACGAGUACGACAGCGACAACCUGGUGAACGACGACGAGGCGGUGGUGGCCGCCGUCAAGUGUCUGAAGCUGGUCUUCUACGCCAACGUGCUGGCCGGCGACCUGGACGUGGGGCACAACGAGGAGGAGGACGAGGAGCUCGAGUCCAGCGAGCUGACCCUGCAGGAGCUCCUGGGGGAGGAGCGCACCCACCGGAAGGGCCCCCGGGUGGACCUGCUGGAGCAGGAGCUGGGCGUGCGGACCCUGGACUGCCGGACGCCCCUGGUCCCCUUCGAGGACUUUGUCAACGAGCCGCUGAACGAGGUGGUGGAGAUGGACAAGGACUUCACCUUCUUUAAGGUGGACUCGGAGAGCAAGUUCUCCUUCCAGAGCUGCCCGUUCAUCCUCAACGCCGUCACCAAGAACCAGGGCCUGUACUACGACAACCGCAUCCGCAUGUACAGCGAGCGGAGGAUCACGGCGCUCUACAGCAUGGUGCAGGGCCAGCAGCACAACCCUUACCUCAGGCUCAAAGUGAGGAGAGACCACAUUAUCGAUGACGCCCUGGUCCGGCUGGAAAUGAUUUCCAUGGAGAACCCUUCAGACCUGAAGAAGCAGCUGUUUGUGGAGUUCGAGGGGGAGCAAGGAGUGGAUGAGGGAGGCGUUUCCAAAGAGUUCUUUCAGUUGGUUUUGGAGGAAAUCUUCAACAUUGAUAUUGGGAUGUUCACGUACGACGACGACACCAAGCUCUUCUGGUUCAACCCCUCCUCGCUGGAGAACGAGGCCCAGUACACACUGAUCGGGAUCGUUCUAGGACUGGCCAUUUACAACAACUGCAUCCUGGACGUCCAUUUCCCCAUGGUGGUCUACAGGAAGCUCAUGGGCAAGAAGGGGACCCAUCUGGACCUGGCUGACUCGCAUCCACUUCUCUACCAGAGUCUGACGCAGCUGCUGGAGUACGACGGGAACGUGGAGGAAGACAUGAUGCUCACCUUCCAGAUCUCCCAGACCGACCUGUUCGGGGAGCCCACCACGUACGACCUGAGGGAGGACGGGGAGAAGAUUCCGGUGACGAACGAGAACAGAAAGGAGUUUGUGUGUCUGUAUGCAGAGUACACCCUCAACACCAGCGUGGAGAGGCAAUUCAGAGCCUUCAAGAGAGGCUUCCACAUGGUGACCAACGAGUCUCCGCUCAAGUGCUUGUUCCGGCCGGAAGAAGUGGAGCUGCUCAUUUGUGGAAGCAGGAAUCUUGACUUCGAGGCCCUUGAAGAGACCACAGAGUAUGACGGCGGCUACAGCAAAGAUUGCCAAAUCAUCAAAGACUUCUGGGAAACGGUGCACGUGUUCGGUGUGGAGCAGAAGAGGCUGUUUCUCCAGUUCACCACAGGCACAGACAGGGCGCCCGUGGGAGGCCUGGGCAAGCUGAAGAUGAUCAUCGCUAAGAACGGCCCGGACACAGACAGGUUACCCACCUCUCAUACCUGCUUCAACGCACUGCUGCUUCCGGAGUAUUCCACCAAGGAGAAACUGAAAGAGAGGCUCCUCAAAGCCAUCACCUAUGCCAAAGGAUUCGGGAUGCUGUGAUUGGACAGACGAGCUUGUGAACACUUCCUGGGUGCAGUUUGCUAUCUUCAGAAGAGGGAAAAGUCAACGAUAGGAAGUACCGUGGUUUGAAAUGGAAGAACUGCAGUGAUCCUGUGCCUGAAUACCCCUCACUGUCACUACACACACACGCGCGCGGACACUUCGGCAACCUACACUAUAUAGUAUGAUUGCGAUUAUUUGAAAAGGGAGAACAAUGAGCAAACCUCCUAGGAAAAAAAGAUUGAGAAGUUUAAGAUUCAAAAUGUAUAUAUUUUUACCCAGCGUUCAGCUGGUUUUGUUAGCAAUGCAAAACCGUAAAGCAGCAAAUGCUAUCGCUGAUAUGUCGGAUACAUUUUUGGGUCGGCUGCUUGCCUCCUCGCCCCCCCCGUUGCGGUUUGUUGUUGUCGUUGAGGGGUUUGCUCAUUGCUCAAACUGGGGGUUCUGUGCCAGGUCUUGGAUGACUGUGACCCCAACCCCCCCACCCAUUCACCCUACACCCAACCCUGUUACUGCUUCGAUGUUUUCCAAAGACAGUUAUUUUUUUCUUUCGCUCCCCCCCCUUUUCGAUGGAGUUUUAGAUUUUUGCCGUGUAAUACCAUUUGAGCAAAAUUUCAAGCAGUUUUGAACCGUAUCUGAUUGUCGUGAAACUGUGAAAGUGCACUUAACUAGCAGGUCAGUGAACGGUACAGUGUACAGCAUAUAUACAUAUAUAUAUACUGUCUGUCUUUCUAGGAACAUGUUCUCCUGUAGAUGGACCUGAAGUCUUCCCCUUUCUCUUGCCAUAAGUGUGGUCUGAGGCGUAGGACUGCUGUAAUCAGGACACAGACCCACUGUCCCAAGGGUUGUUUAUGGUGCUGCUACGCCGGUAAUGUGACUUUAGCAAACCAAGCUACUAGUCUUGGCUGGAGUCCUACAUCUUACUGUCGUAACUGGCUCCCUGAGGUGAUUAGAGUCGGAUUCAAACCUAUUUUGUGUGUGUGUGCGUGAGGUAUUUGUUUAACACCGCCAUCAAUCCUGGCCAGUGUUCAUUUUUUUUUUGUAUCCUGUUUCAUGCCAUGACAGAAUGACUAUGCUGUUUAGUUACCACACUUCACUUUACAUAUACUGACGUACUGUAGCAACUGUCUUUGCCAUCUCACCUAAGUGGCUUUGCAGUGCUUGCUACCACUUCACAGCUGAACUCAAGAGACUGCUUCUUAUGCUUGGAAAAUGAAAACGUUUUGUUUCUUCA